AUUCAGUGUUAAUGAGCAGAAGGGCCCCAGCAGGGAAGGGGCAGCUGCACUUGUAUGUCCAGUAUUCCCUGCAGGGGGGUCGGCGCAGGACUAUUUUGCUUUUUACUCUAAAUGAGACUCAGUCCGGCUGGAAAGGAUCUAAAAUCCACACAGAGCAGAAGAGGAGCAGCUAAUCCCCCCAUUAUAUAUGAGUAAUGGGAACUUCCCAGCCAUCCCCGGGGCAGGAGGGCAGCAGCGAGGGGGCAGUUUAUUUGAGAAGGAAGAUCACUCUGCUCAGGGCUCUGUCUCUCACUAUUGGGACCAUCAUAGGAAGCGGCAUCUUUAUCUCUCCCAAAGGGGUGCUGAAGAAUUCUGGGAAUGUGGGUCUGUCGCUGGUCAUUUGGGUCGCCUGCGGGGUCCUCUCCAUGUGCGGGGCCCUGUCCUACGCUGAUCUCGCCACAACUAUCAAGAAGUCGGGCGGCCAUUACAUUUACCUUUUGGAGACACUCGGGCCCUUACCCGCUUUCCUGAGGCUCUGGGCAGAAUAUAUAUUGAUCCGGCCGUCUAUUAACGCAGUGGCGAGUUUGGCGUUCGGCCGGUACCUCAUAGAACCGCUUUUUGUGCCGUGUCACGCGCCAGAUGCAGCCGUCAAGAUUAUGAGCAUCCUCUGCAUCUCGCUCAUCAUCGCCCUGAACUGCUGGAGCGUCAGCUGGUCGGCCAAUGUCCAGACAGUGUUCACCGUCGCUAAGUUUAUCGCAAUUGGACUCAUCAUUAUUCCUGGGCUCAUGGCACUGUCCUCAGGACGCACGGAAAACUUCCAGAACGCGUUCGACACAAGUUCUUUAGCAUUGGACAAAAUCCCCCUGGCAUUUUAUUCUGGAUUGUUUGCCUACGGGGGCUGGUUUUACGUCACGUUUGUCACUGAAGAAAUAGUCAAUCCUGAGAGGAACAUCCCUCUGACGGUGAUCGUCUCGCUGACAGUUGUGACCGUCUGUUACGUCCUGACAAACGUCGCUUAUUACACCGUCCUGACGCCCAAUCAGGUGCUGAGUUCAGAGGCUGUCGCUGUGAGCUUUGCUGAACAAACCCUUGGCCACAUCUCAUCCGUGAUCCCCAUCCUGGUGGCGCUGUCCUGUUUCGGAGCCUUGAACGGAGGAACUUUUGCAUCUGCUCGAAUGUUGUUUGCAGGCUCCAGAGAGGGCCAUGGGCCUCCAUUACUCUCCAUGAUUCACAUCAAAAGACACACACCACUCCCUGCUCUAAUCUUAAUGGCGCCUCUGGUUUUCCUGAUGAUCGGCAUCGGCGACCUUUAUGGUCUGUUGAACUUUAACAGCUUUUCCCGUUGGCUGUUCAUGGGUCUGACUACUCUUGGUCUCAUGGUACAUCGCUAUAGACACCCCAACUUACCCCGACCUUUCAAGGUCCCACUGAUCAUUCCUUUCAUCUUCACCACAACCUGCCUGUUCAUUGUGGGCAUGUCCUUAUAUUCAGAUCCGGUGAAUACGGGCAUGAGUUGUGCCAUCACCCUGACCGGCCUCCCAGUCUACUUCCUUGUGGCAAACAGAGCCAGACUGCCCGGGCCAUGGAAAGAAGCCAUCAAUGGUCUGACGGUGAAGCUGCAGGUGCUGAUGGAGGUGAUGCCGCAGGAGAUUGCCACUUACUAAAGCCAGAUGCCAGUGCCAAGUACCCGCCAAUCAGUUGCCCUGAUACCCUUCUGGCUUGGGAGACUCAAAAUCACUACGAUCCUUGCCAUAAAGCAAGGCAGGACUGCUGUACUUUUGCCAAACAGGAAGUAGGGACAGUCACAUGAUUAUGUCAUCAGCAUUACUUUACAUAGUGUUUCCUAUUGUUUCGCACCCUCCUCUCCUAGAUUCCUGUUACUAUGGUAACCAUUUGAAUUCUUAGCAUUUGAUUAAAGGGGCAUUUGAUUAUG